ACACGCUUCAGCUCCAGUGGACUCGGAGAGAUAAGCCCACCACUCUGCUCCGUGAGGCGCUCGGCGAGGCAAGCGGCUGCUGGAUGACCGUGAGCGGCACGCGAAGACAGCUCAGCACUUGCUACGGUCUCAUCAAGUCGCCCGAGAACUGCAUUCCUGUCAGACUCGGCUCAUGAAGGACAGCGGUGAGGUGUCUUCUCUCCAGGUCAAGAUCAGCGCAAAGUCUCGGCUUGCGCAGCUGGAACUUUGGCGGCGCUCCUGAGGACUUGAUAUGGCGAGGGUUGCCGCGCAGCGCGUAGAUGAGCUUGUUCCGCUGCUUGUGAAUAUUGCGCGACAACUUUGCGAACAUGACGUCCUGCAGCAGCUUGUUCGGCACUGAGCGCAACGACUCCCGACUGACCGCACCUACACAGACAAUCCAAGCAGCGCAACGCUGAUAAUGUGCGUUCCUUCUCCCUGUGUCUACCUGUGUGUUCUCUCUGUCUGUGCAUUGCUGUGCACACAUGCCCCUUGUCUUUCACGGCUUGUUGACCGCAGUUUCAGGACACACGGUCAGAUGUCACAGAGCACGUGGCGCUUGCCACGAU